UCUUGGUUCUUCCACGUUCUGCAGAGCCAGUGGGAACUGUGUUUGUUUCAGUGGCUUUGGGGGUUUAAAGAGGAGCCAAAUUCAGAGACGCUUCACCAUGAACCGGGCCCGGGCCUUGUUUCAGUCUCACCCCUACAUCAGCAACGUUCUGGGAUACACGGCGCUGUUUGCCUCGGCGGACCUCAUCCAGCAGAGAGUCCUGGGUAGAAAUCCCGCCCCGGCAUCCGAGCGGUCCGCCGAGAUCGACUGGAAUCAGACGGCUCGAGUGGCGACUGUGGGCCUGUGUUUCCACGCCAACUUCAACUACCACUGGCUGCGAGGGCUGGAGAGGAUGCUGCCCGGCGGCGGGCUGAGGGCAGUGACGAGGAAGGUGGUGCUGGAUCAGCUGGUUGCUGCUCCGGUUACCAUCAGCGCUUUUUAUAUCGGUUUAAGCUUUUUAGAAAACAAAGACGACCUACUUGAAGACUGGCGACAUAAAUUCUGGACGUCUUACAAGGCCGGAGUGGUGUAUUGGUCAACGAUGCAGGCUGUCAACUUUGCCUUUGUGCCUCCUGUGGCUCGUACUGCGUUUGUGGGAGGAAUUGCUCUGACUUUCACCAUCUUUCUAUGUCAUCUUAGACAGCAGCGUGGCCACAAACCUGACUAAACCUCAGACAUUUAUGUUUAGGAGACAUAUUGUAAAAAUAAUGGCAUUAACUGAAGCUCAUUUGAAGGGGAGGUUAUAUGUGAAAACUCUGAAAGAAUAACAUUCACACAGAUGAUUGUCUCUUUCCAAGUUGCUCACUGUGAUCUGUUUACAAAUAUUAAAUAAAUGAAUGCAUAAAUGCCUGAUCUUUGCUGCUCUUGUGGUUUUUAAAUCUACUAAACAUGAUUUCAUGCAGCCUGCAUGUGUGUGUAGGUUUUUUGUCCCUUUGUAACCAACAAUCUCCUCCAUCUUUAUUAUGUCACAUCUGUUUUCAUUUGUUUUAUAAACUUGGUUAUUGAGGUUUAUACUGCUGACAUUUUUUUUUGUUUAAUUCAUC